CGGGGAGCUCAGCGGUGCGGAGGGAAGGAGCGCGCGGAGGGGUGCGGCCGCCAGCUGAGGCUGACCGCGGCGGGUGCUCUCCUGGACCCGGAAUCCCAGUCAGAACAUCCAGCCUGCCACUGUACUCCGAUGCCAUGCCAGCACCGACUCAACUGUUCUUCCCUCUCCUCCGUAACUGUGAGUUGAGCAGAAUCUAUGGCACUGCAUGUUACUGCCACCACAAGCAUCUCUGCUGUUCCCCACCAUGCAUUCCUCAGAACCGCCUGAGGUACACGUCCCAUCCAGCAUAUGCUACCUUCUGUAGGCCGAGAGAGAACUGGUGGCAGUACACUCAAGGAAGGAGAUACGCCUCAACACCUCAGAAAUUUUACCUCACACCUCCACAAGUCAACAGCAUCCUGAAAGCUAAUGAAUACAGUUUCAAAGUUCCAGAAUUUGAUGGUAAAAAUGUCAGUUCCGUUCUUGGAUUUGACAGCAAUCAGCUGCCUGCAAAUGCACCCAUUGAAGACCGGAGAAGUGCAGCCACCUGCUUGCAGACCAGAGGGAUGCUUUUGGGAGUCUUUGAUGGCCAUGCGGGCUGUGCUUGUUCCCAGGCAGUCAGUGAAAGACUCUUCUAUUAUAUCGCUGUUUCCUUGUUACCCCAUGAGACUCUGCUGGAGAUUGAAAAUGCAGUGGAGAGUGGCCGGGCCCUGCUGCCCAUCCUCCAGUGGCAUAAGCACCCCAAUGACUACUUCAGUAAGGAAGCGUCCAAACUGUAUUUCAACAGCUUGAGGACUUACUGGCAAGAGCUCAUAGACCUCAACACUGGAGACUCAGCUGAUAUUGAUGUUAAAGAGGCUUUAAUUAAUGCUUUCAAGAGACUUGAUAAUGAUAUCUCAUUGGAGGCUCAAGUCGGUGAUCCUAAUUCUUUCCUCAAUUACCUGGUGCUUCGGGUGGCAUUUUCUGGGGCUACUGCUUGUGUGGCCCACGUAGACGGUGUUGACCUCCACGUGGCUAACACUGGAGACAGCAGAGCCAUGCUGGGUGUGCAGGAAGAAGACGGCUCGUGGUCUGCGGUCACACUGUCGAAUGACCACAAUGCUCAGAAUGAGCGGGAGUUAGAGCGCCUGAAGCUGGAGCACCCGAAGAGCGAGGCCAAGAGCGUGGUGAAGCAGGACCGCCUGCUGGGCUUGCUGAUGCCCUUCAGGGCUUUUGGAGACGUGAAGUUCAAGUGGAGCAUUGACCUUCAGAAGAGGGUGAUAGAGUCUGGCCCAGACCAGCUGAAUGACAAUGAGUACACCAAGUUUAUCCCUCCCAACUAUCAUACACCUCCCUAUCUCACUGCCGAGCCAGAGGUAACUUAUCACCGCUUAAGGCCACAGGAUAAGUUCCUGGUGUUGGCAACCGAUGGGUUGUGGGAGACCAUGCAUAGACAGGAUGUGGUUAGGAUUGUGGGCGAGUACUUAACUGGAAUGCAUCACCAACAGCCAAUAGCUGUCGGUGGGUACAAGGUGACUCUGGGACAGAUGCAUGGCCUGCUAACCGAAAGGAGAGCAAAAAUGUCAUCGGUCUUCGAGGAUCAGAAUGCAGCAACCCAUCUCAUUCGCCAUGCUGUGGGCAACAAUGAGUUUGGGGCCGUCGACCACGAGCGACUCUCUAAGAUGCUUAGUCUUCCAGAGGAACUUGCUCGGAUGUAUAGAGAUGACAUCACAAUCAUUGUAGUUCAGUUCAAUUCUCACGUUGUCGGAGCGUAUCAGAACCAGGAGCACUGAGUCCUGCUACCCUGGUAGUUCUCCAGUGCAGAGAGACUUCGGAAAGAACCAAUAAGUUAUUCUAAACACUUCACAUCUGCUUCUCUGUAGCUAGUCCAGUGUCCCAGUCUGACUGCAGCAGACAGUAUCACCAGUGUCUCUUCUGCCCUGUUGGCCCUCAGGCUUCCUGCUCUUGAGGCAGCUUGCUUCCUUAUUGCAGGUGUCUUGUAAGGCUGACUGACUCCUAAGACUAUUAAGAAUGGCAGAUAAUAUCUUGAGUAGAUCAAAAGCAAGGGUCUUUCUGGGAGUAUUAGUAAAGUCAAAAAAUACCGUCCCCAUCUGCAAACUAAGCAUCAUAAGGAUUCUAAUGUACAUGAGAGUAUUUACUACAUGAUUUUUAAAAAAUAGUCCAUGUAUUAUUCACAAACAUUUAUUUUAGCCUGAAGUAUUUUUCAGGUCCAGUACUUUAAGCCAUAAAUGACCAUGAACCUGAAAUCUUGAGUUUGUAAGCUUUUGUGAUUGUGCAUAGAAUAGGUUUCCCAAUGGAGAGAGCUCUCAACUGCCCUUCUUUCCUGACCCAUGGUAUCCUCGGUGUAACUGGGAUGCUUUGUUUUGCUACACCGAAAAGACAAUAAAGGUUCUUAGUUUUAUUUGUCCUUCUAGUGAAUGUUAAAUAAAGGGAAAAUGUGUUUUUUCAGUUUGUAUUCAUGAAAAGCUUUAUUUAGUCUGAAAUAAAGAUACCCAGAAUUAAAAGACUGUAUGUUUAAUUCUUGUCACCUGUGGCUACCAGCAUUUCCCUGUUCUGUAGUCCCUGAAGUCUUGGCAAACUGUGUCUAGUGGGUGACAAACUGCUGCUGAGAAAUCACCAUCUUCACUUGUGAUAGGAAUUCUCACGGAACUUAAAGACAUGUAAUAAGUUUAAAUGCCAGCUUGAGCAGUAAUAUUUUAUAUUAUGACAGUUUGAGGAAUCUUUUGUUUGUCCCCACUUAGGUCAAUUAAAAUAAUUUGUAUUAAAAUUAUUAAAUGCUUUAAAUAUACUGUAGCUUGUAAUAUGUGUUAAGAUGUAUACAUAAGACACUUUUAAAUAGUGACCUGUGCAUGCCUGAUACAGAACACUUAGUCACAUCAAGUAUUUGCAGCAGUCUCCAUAAUUAUAUGCAGCCCUUUCUAAUACUGUAUCAGAGUAAAUGAAAAAUAUAUUCAAGUAGGCUUUUCAGGAGUUUAAUAUGCAUCAAAUGUUACUUUUGUUCCUGCAUUCAAUGGUUAUCUAUGUAUAGCUGUGCAUACAAUUUUAUCACUUAUUCACUUAAAAAUAGCUAUGAAUUUGUUUAAAAUUCACAUAGAUUUUUAAUUCAAAACAUUAGUGUCUGUUGUAUGAUUAGUUGGGAAUAUAGGAGUCCUUUCAGAAUUCUGUAGGCUUUGAAGUACAUGUUCAAGGACUCCGUAUUUUGAUUCUUAAAUCAAUGUAUAGCAAUAUUGGCUGCGAAAUUUGUUCCAAAUGAAAGUAGACCCAGGAAGAUUACAGCUCAGAACAUCUUGGGAUUUGUUUUCUGAAAUACUCUUUGAUUUCGUUUUUUAAAGUCAACUUUUAAAAUGCCACUUUAUUUUGGAGGGAGAAAGACUAUUACAUAUUCUAAGUGUUUUUAGAGACAUUAUCUUAGGAUGAAAAAUACACACUAUGAAACCCUGUUUUUAGUACGGUUUGGAAUUGCUUUUUAAUACCACCACUGGAGAGGUCUAUGUUAAUGUCUCGGUAUAAUACAGUGAAUAUAAAUACUGCUUUCUGUGCCCUCUGAAAUAAAAGCAAGACUUAUUAUCCAAGAAGUGUCUGCAUUCUGAAAACGCAACGUGGAAGUGAAGAUAACGGGGUAUUCAGGAACCUUUGGAUGCUGUUAUUUAAAAGCAGUUGUGGUUCUGUGACUCGUCGUGACAUGAUGUCUAGAAGCAAAGUCAGUCUGUGUAAAUUCUCAUGAAUUUAUUUAAAUUUUCUUGUAUGUAUUCAGUUUCUGUAUUGAUGUUUAGUCAGUCCUUCAUGGUCCAUGUAACAUGCCCUGAACUAGUUAAAGGAACAUGAUAUGUUACUUGGCUUGAGUGCUGUCCUUGGUUAGAGA